CAAGGCGGCCAGAUGAGAGCGGAGCUCUUCCUGAUACCAAAACAAAGCUCCUGAGAGUCUCUGUGAACCCGAGCUGAAGUGCAGCGGGUCAGACCUGGACUGCUGUGCUACUGAUGAAUAAACUACCUCUGCAGGUUUAGGCUCUUUUUAAUGCCGGCCUCCUCUUCCUGGCUAAAAUGAGCUCCCUGGCCGGCGAUGGUGACCUGAGCAAAGGGGAGGGGGACCCACCGAAAGCCAUGGAGAAACCCACCGACAGCAGGAAGACGGAGUCCAGGACCACCGAGAAAAAGUGCUCAUGGGCGUCCCAUAUGACCAACUCCUCUACGCUGAUUGUAAUGAUUGGUCUCCCGGCCAGAGGGAAGACCUAUAUGUCCAAGAAGCUGACCCGCUACCUCAACUGGAUAGGAGUUCCCACAAAAGUGUUCAACUUGGGAGAGUACCGCCGUGAAGCCGUCCAAUCAUACAAAUCCUACGACUUCUUCAGACACGACAACGCAGAGGCCAUGAAAAUCAGAAAACAGUGUGCUAUCAUAGCCCUGCAGGACGUGAAGACGUAUCUAAAUGAGGAGGGUGGACAGAUCGCUGUGUUUGAUGCCACCAACACAACUCGAGAGAGGAGGGACCUCAUUCUGGAAUUUGCCCAGGAAAAUUCUCAUAGGGUGUUUUUUGUUGAGUCAAUUUGUGAUGACCCUGAUGUCAUUGCUGAAAACAUUAUGGACGUGAAGGUGUCUAGUCCAGACUAUCCUGAGAGGCACCGAGAGCGUGUGAUGGAGGACUUUCUGAAGAGAAUCGAGUGCUACAAAGUCACAUAUCAGCCUUUAGACCCAGAUCAACAUGACAGAGAUCGCUCCUUUAUCCAGGUGAUAAACGUGGGUCAGCGUUUUCUGGUGAACCGGGUUCAGGACUACAUCCAGAGCAAGAUCGUCUAUUACCUGAUGAACAUCCACGUCCACACACACUCCAUCUACCUGUGCCGGCAUGGAGAGAGUGAACACAACAUCCAGGGCCUGAUCGGUGGAGACUCGGGCCUGUCAAACCGGGGAAAAGAGUUUGCUCGUGCUCUGCGGGGUUUUGUGGAGAGCCACAAGUUGGUGGACCUGAAGGUGUGGACCAGCCAGCUUAAACGGACCAUCCAGACAGCUGAAGCUCUGGGUGUGCCUUACGAACAAUGGAAAAUCCUCAACGAGAUCGACGCUGGAGUCUGUGAAGAAAUGUCCUACGACAUGAUCAAGCAUAUGUAUCCUGAUGAGUACGCCAUGCGAGAUCAGGACAAAUACCACUACCGAUACCCUGGAGGAGAGUCCUAUCAGGACCUGGUGCAGCGUCUGGAGCCAGUGAUAAUGGAGCUGGAGAGGCAGGGCAACGUGCUGGUCAUCUGCCACCAGGCCGUCAUGAGGUGCCUCCUAGCAUACUUUCUGGACAAGAGUGCAGAUGACUUGCCGUAUCUGAAGUGCCCCCUCCAUGUGGUCCUGAAGCUCACCCCUGUUGCUUAUGGUUGUAAAGUGGACAUGUUUGACCUAAAAGUUGAAGCAGUGAACACACACCGGAACCGACCUCUGCAGGGCUGUGAGAAACAGGACGUACCACCGGCUCUGCUGCGGAGGAACAGUUUCACGCCCAUGUCGAGUCGAGACCAGGUUAAGCGUCCGCGUCUCUUCAGUGUAGGAAACCCACCUCACACCCCCUUGCCUCCUGCACUGGACUCCACACAAGAGGCUGACGAGCUCGCAGAGAAACCAGAAACUCUUAACUGCUUCAGUGCCACAGACUCAGAUGACAACGUCCAAAAAUGAAGGAACAGGCGAUUAGGCCUCCACCUGUAUGACUCUUAUUGUACCAGUUACAUCAGCUCCACGCCCAAAACAAGCCGCUCCAGCAUGUGAUUCAGCUCCUCUAGCAGCACUCCCAUUACUCAGUGUGUCAAAGUGUCUAUCUGUAAUCAUCUCUAUCUGUAAUACUACUGACUGAUGCCACCAGCUGCCUCUCUAGUAACUGUAAUCAUGAUUUAUAUAUAUACAUCUGUGAGCUGUGUAUCUGAGAAGCUGACCUUUAAGAAUAACGUUCUUAUGGCUGUUCUUAUGAUAUUUGUUAGAUUUAAAACAUAGGAAUCAUAUAAAAACAUCAUUGGAGUCAACUGGAUGAUGUAAUCAGCGCAGGGAAAUAGCUAGGAUUGGGCGGUGUAACAAUAAUACAGUAAUAAAACAGAUCUCUCAAUGAGGACAACAUUUAAAAUUACAAUUUAUCUAAUGUAUCAAAAAAACAUGAAUCAUUAAUUUAUGUGCAUUAAAAACGGCCACAGGCCACUGUGGGAAAUGACUGAGUAGUGAAGUCAAAAACAAGCCCAGUGUAGUUGUGAGUUUAGUGACAUGCUCAAAUGAAAGGAAAAGCAAACAAACCUAGAUGAACUGACUAAAAACAGCAGAAAACACUCCCAAAACCGUCCAGUUCACUGUGUGCUCACAGAUCUGAGGCUUUAGCUUCUAAACGUGAGUGACUUACGUCUCAGUUAGCUGGAAGAACACAGUCUUUGCUGUGGUAUUAAGCCCGUUAACUAGCUAACUAAUCAUAGCACAGCUGGCCAGCUACGAGUUCAAACUCCACAUAAUCUGUCACAUUUAGCGUAGUUUUUAUUUUAAAUGCUGAUACUCAGCCCGAUGUAUGUGUGGUUGAGCAAGUACAGUGCUCCCUAGCAUUGAACAUCCCAUAAUAUCAGCCACUUUUGCAAAUUGCACUAUUUCUAACAGUGCUGUAAUUCUGCACGUAAAACAAAUGAGGGCUGUCAAUGUUAAAGUGUUAACACAUGCGAUACAUUUUUUUUUUUUACAUGUCCCACAAAAAUGGACAAAGCAAUAAGAAUAUGUACAUUAUUACAAACAUUAUUAAUAUUACGGCUGUUAUAAUUAUUAAAUUAAAACUUAUACAUAUUUUUAACUGUUAAUACAAGCGGUUUUAAGCCAAAAAAAAUGGUGAUGAUGACAAAAAUAUUAUAUAUAUAUAAAUAUAUAUAUAUUUUCUUUCAAAGUCAAACAACUCUUGGACAUUACACAUAUUUUUCUCACGAAACCUGUUUAUUUUGGUGUUUUAAGCGUUUAUUUAGAGUCAUCUUAGAUUCUCAGUGUUUGUUUAGUGGUGGCUGAAAUUAGGGGAGCUGUGCUAGCUAACCAAAGGCUAGUUUAGCGAGUUGGCUAAAGAACUGUCCAACCAUCAGAAAAAACUCAGUUUCAGCCUUCUUUUUAUCCAACAGCUAAAAUAUUUAUCAUUUACAUCUAAACGUUUAGAAGUGAGGUUUCAGUCAGUCAGAGUGUGUUCUGUGGUCAACAGAAUGUUAGCUAUUUUGCUAACUAAGCUAAUGCUAAUGCUAAGGUCUCUUCUGAUUUACGGCAGUUGUGAUGUCACUGAUGUCAAAGGUUACUUCCUUAAAGGGCCGGAGUUAUCCCAAAAUGACAGGGUUGAAAGGGAAGCUUUGGACAUGUUUAAAUAGCUUGUAAUUUUUAACUCCAAAAUAUACAAAAUAUUAUUUAAAGUAAAUAUUAACAUCCCUCUAUAUUUGUAAGGAUGUGUUCAUUCAGAGUAUAGUUAGAAAAAUGUAUAGUUACACAGAGUUUGUAUGAAUUUUAAACAGCUAUGCUCUGACAGAAAAGGCGUGUUAUACCGAUCUUGACUCCGGUAAUAUUUUGACACAGAAUGAGGGUAUGAAAAAAAGUGAAAAUAUGAAUACUGCCCAAUCCUAGCAAUAGUAGCUGAAAUUGAAAUGAAUGAAUGUUUUUUUUUGGUUUGUUGAGCCUUUAAUUACCUCACAUAUUGAUACUGCUGAUACUUUUUUUUUUACGUUUUAAAUUCCAAAAAAGCAUGGAAAUAGAUUCAUACAAAUCAUUAGUCAUUAGUCAAAUCAUUAGUCAAAACUGAGAAAGUGGACAAUCAGUUAAUCGGACAUGAUUAAAAACUAAAGGGAGUGGAAUCGUAAAUGAAUAUAUUAGCUCUUUGGUUGCUCUUGAUGUUUGUUGAGUCCUUGUUUUAUCAAUGUCUUCUUCAUUGCCUUCUCAAGUAUUAACUUUCUGAAGUUUGUCUUCCCUUUCUUUUCCACUAUUUGUUUCUGUUUUUUUUCUGAUUUUGUUAUCAUUUAGCCUUUUGGAUUUUUAUCUCUGAUUUUGCAUCACUGCUUUUCACCUAAUUGGGCAAAAGACGAGUAGUGGAACACAGCAAACACGCUUUGGUUGGUCUAAUUGUUGUGGUUUUUAGGAUUUUCUAUUUUUCUGCAUAAGUUUGACCUAAAAUUUUCUGCCUAAGUUUGAGUGAAAAUCUGAUGUUUGAGGUCUAACUUUUGUAGAAAUAGAGAAAAGGAUUUAAAAACUUUAAAGCAACACUGUAGAUGAGAGAAUAAGAUUCCAUGUAAAUCAAUGGUGACACAUGACUAAAUGCAUUAAGGGAUUAUAGCAUUAUGACUUUACAUUAUUAUAAGUAAACAUUCAAUAGUUUAUAAAUGAGAUACAAUUUCCAUCUAAAAAAAUGUUUAUUAGAGAUUUUAAAUUUGUGUUUUUACUAGUAAAAACUGAAUUACAGCUUCUCCCACAGGUGGCAUUUAAGGAUACUACCUAAAAUAUAUUUUAUAUAUGUUGCCUUUUACCCAGUAAUAUGUUGUACCCCCUUCUCCCCUGCUGUAUGAAACAUUAUAAAAUGCUGGAACAAAUGACUGACUUUGCAGGAACAUCCUUUUUCCAGCAUUUUAAUGGUAAUGCCUUAAUGUUGGACAGACAGACCUCAAGCCAGACUAAAUUGAAUGUUUUAAUCACAUCUUUCAGUGUGAUGUUUUUUUAUUUGAGAUGUUUUUAAUUUUAGAUUUUAUGAUGUAAUUAUUCUUCAGCUGCAGCUUCUUGUUGACUCCUUUUGGUGGACUGUGCUCAGGUUUCAUGACUACUGUUGUAUUUAUACUGUUGAAUGUCAUUUUCAUUGCUAGAAGAGUGGCUCUUCAUACACAGAAAAGGAAGAAAUGUUCAGUAUGUUUUUUGCUUCUUUAAUCUGUAUUUUUUUUUGUGUCAUGUGUUACGGUAAUGUGAAAAUGCAUGAAAGAGAUUAAACAUUUGAUGUCUAA